UGCAUUUGCAUUUGUGGGUAGAGGGACAAAGCCCAGAUACCCUACUUUAGCCGUUCUUGUUCUUUCGUAUUUUUUGCCGGUCACUAUUUCCCUUUUUCUGCUGCCGCUACUUCAGUUCUUCUUCGACUCCCUUUUUUUCCCCUUCUUCUGGAGUUUGAGAAUCAUAUCCAGUAGCAGUGCUGAAGCUUCAGAUAUCGGAUUCGCCACGUGUCAGUGUUGGACAUCGGUACAAGGAGGAAGUGUACCUGUUUCAUAGCUGUCAAGCGUGUCCCUUGCACUACUUUCUCACCGUCUCUCUCUUUCCCUCUAUCUCUCUCCUGUAUUUUUUUUAUUUAAUAUUCUAUCAGAGCUUCCUUUUCCUGGUGUAGCUUUUAAGCAGCGGCAAAAAGCCCACUUAGGGAUUUAACAGAGUAUCCCUGUGGCAGCCCCAUAAGGUAAUGAAAACUACUCUUAAUGGCUUCGCAACUGAUUAGAGUCUCAUCCUAUGAAGCUCACAAUCAGCUAGAACUCUCUCUAAGCCAAGCUUUUGGCCUUCUUCAAUCGAAAUUAAGACCCCCAUUUUCGUUAACUAUCCCAGAUCCCCAAGAAUACACUCUACUUAAUCAAGCUAUUCUCUAUGGUGUUUUAAUCGAACCCCAUUUCGCCAAAAUUCAUAUUAAGCACUUACAUGCUAUUGUCAUUGAUGGGUAUAAGCUGUUUUUAAGUUUACUUGUUGGAAUCGUUAAUGAAUUGUAUGGGAAGCUUGUUGAUUCGGUAAAGGAACAAUUAAUUUGGGUUACUAAAGAAAUGAUUGAUGUUUCCGCUACAGGAAUUGAUAGUUUGUUAGUGUCUUUGAUGAGGCAAAUUGUUGGUGGUGAUUUUAGUGAUGGUAAUCUUUGGUUAUGUUUCGAGUUAGCGAGUCUUUGUUUAAGUAAAUGGGAUUGUUUGUUACAAGAAAAGCCUGUAGUUUUGACCAGUGCACUGUAUACAUUUCUUCGUUUAUUAGCUGAUCAUUGUAGGGUAUCGAAUAAUCUGAAACUAGAGAUGUUGAGGCAGAUGGAGAUUGAGUUUUGUGUCAAAAUGUUGAGGGAUCAGUUUCAACUUUGUUUGAAGAUAGGAAGGGAUCUUGUUCGGUUAUUACAAGAUUUGUUUCAUGUACCUGAGUUUAAAUCUAUAUGGAAGGAUCUGGUUUUGAGUCCAAGUGAGUUUAGAACUGCUGAGUAUUUGGAUAUUUCACAGUUGUAUUGCAUAAGGACUUCGACUCGUUACUUUUUACUGCGAAUCACACCUGAAAUGGAAACACAAUUGCGGUUUUUACUUACACAUGUGAUGCUCGGCAACCAGAAACGAUAUCAGAUAUGGUUUGAGAAUAAAUUUCUUUUAGGGCCAGAGAGAGAGAGUCUUAUUGUUGAUAUUGUGCGGUUCAUAUGUUGUGCACACCACCCUUCGAAUGAAAUUAUUCAGUCAAACAUUAUUCCUAGAUGGGCUGUUAUUGGUUGGCUACUAGCAUGUUGUAAGAAGAAAUAUAUUGAAGCUAAUGGGAGGUUGGCAUUGUUUUAUGACUGGCUUUUUUUCAAUGAAAAGGUGGAUAAUAUUAUGAAUAUUGAGCCUGCAAUGCUAUUGAUGGUCUGCUCCUUGCCUAAAUAUGUUAACUUCACUCACUCCCUUCUUGAAUUUUUACUUCUUCUUGUAGAUAAUUAUGAUUUGGACCGUAAAACCAUUAUUCUCAGGGGUGUUUCAUCAGCUUUUAACUCACUUGUUCAAAAAGGAGUGGUACACUCAUUGGAUGUUUUGACCCGUUGCGAUGUACUUUCUCCUUUUAUAAGAGAAAGGCUUCAAAAUUUAUUGUUAAAUGAUCAAGGUAAAGUUCCUAGAGAUUUGCUUCCAGUUGAUCUUCCUGGCCACUCCACGCAAUCCUUGAGAUUGCCUGACAUGUCAUGUAUGGGAAACUCUACCCAGUCCACACAAGAGCAAUUUACAAGUGAAGGGGAUGAUGGAUUAAGCACCAGAGUUGUGGUUGUUCCUGGUGGCAAUGAAGUAGAUUCUAUUGAGAGAUUAGUUGAAAGUAUUGGAGAUAUUAUCAAGGAAUCAUAUGCGAGGGGGUUACAAACUUUGGAGGCAAUUCUUUUUUCAAUUGUGAAUCAAUGUAAUCAAAGAAACACUAGUAAUUCGAUUUGCUCGGAGGAUCUAUUAUCUAAGAUCACAAAGGAAUUUGAGUCAAAUGGAUACCGACUCUUUACUUCGCUUGGUAGUCUUGCAGGUGUUGUUGAGUGCGAUGAUGAAAUUUGUUCUGCCACUGCAGUAAUUAUCCGCACCUUUAUCUUUUCUCAGAAUGAAAGAAUACAAGAAAUGCUUUUGCUCUGGGCAAGGAAUGGUUUUCCGGUAGGAGCACGUUUACUGUCAUAUGCUUUAAGACUAGCACAUGAGGCAUAUGCAGCAGGUUGUUUGGAAAAUUCAGUUGCUGUGGCUAAAGUGAGGGAGUCAAGGAUGCCAUUGUUGGAAUAUCAUUUUGAUGGAUAUUUUAAUUUUCUGAACAAAAGAAAAGGAGAUUCCUCUGAAAACUUUGUUUCUGUUUCUGAAAUGGAUGAGAAGGCGAUUGCUAACUUGGUUGAUAGUGCCUUUACCGCUUACAGGCAUUUCCUUUCAUCCUCAAGAGUUAUCUCACAGAAAGAAUCAGAUACCUCUCUAUCAAAGCUCCUAUUUUCUGACUUAAAGGACUGUUCUGGUUGGAAAAGAAUAAGAAUGAAAAACUUAUUCUGCAACAUCUUUUGCUAUCUUUCAGAUUUAUCCAUCUGUGAGGAAGACAUUAUCAGAUUGCUCGUAGAAAAAUUGGAUUAUGUAGAUCUUACAGAAAUGCAGUUUCAAAUUGGCUUGAAGAAGUUUUCUUUAUUUGGAGACAAUCAUAAACUUGUUUUCCAUUUAAUUAAGAACUCUCUCAAUUGGAACUCUGUGGAGCAGCAUAAACUCUGGGGCUUGAUCAGAUCCGAGCUUCCAGUGUCUGAGGUUCAGGUUGAGAAGAUCAUUUUAGAAUUUUUUUGCUCCGGGAAAAUAGAUGUAAACCUUAGUGCUAUAGCAGCUGGAGGCCUUCUAACUCUCUGCAGUUCUUGUGCACCCACAUCAGCCCUUGUCGGCACAAUCAUGUCAUUGCCUAAUAAUUUCUUCCAGGACUUUGCUGCAGCUGCUUUGGCUACAUGGGCUGCGUCCAAUGCCUCUAUGCUAUUUGACAGCAUAACCAAGUUUGCAGAGAAACUGAAAAGUAAAAACACAGGCUCGACUUUCUUUAAUUCAACUGAGACUGAGAUCAACCAAUCUACCAUUUUGUGGCUGUUGAACUAUUAUAAUGCACAAGGGAUAAAUGUCUCCAACAUACUUAGCAACUUAUAUCCCAGUAGUUAAGGAUGCCAAGAUGGAAAAUUUGCGCCAUGAGUGCACCCUGUUCCUGCAUCCGCUUCCCAAAAUAUUGGCAUUAAUUUGGAGUGGAAAAUCAGCAUGAUGGAAGCUGAAUAUGCAAGCCAUUAUGUUGCAGCAGAUCUGAAAGGUUGCUCAAUUGUAUGCCUUCCUAUUCCAUUGAACCUUCACCUUCCAGCGGUUCUUAUAAAGCUUGAGGAGACCAAGGCAUGUUCCAAAGCUGAUAUUACAAGAAUCUGCUGCCUUUUAAGUAUGCCAUCUCUGAAACAGCUAAAGCAGCAAGUAACUGCAGCUGGCUGUGGACAACACACUGCGGUUUUGAUGUCUCGGAGGUACAAUAUUGUACAGCACGUCUUUCAAUUUUUUAUGUGCAUUUACUGAAAAUCAUCGCGAUGUUUUGCAUGUAAAGGGAAAAUAUACAGACAAUCCUUUAGAUUUGGUGUUUCGUGUAAUUUGAAUACUAUUUUAUAAAGAAAAACAUGCUCAGUUUCAAAUUA